ACCGUAUGCACCUGCUGUGACGCUCUGACUCUGACAUUAUUAUUGUUGAGAGAUUGUACAAGUAAAGAGUGCGUCUUUAACGAGAGGCGUAGCUAUUCUCUUGUGCUCCCUGGAGGGCAAGUUCCGCUUCCUGCUAAUAAAAACAUCGCACUUGUGAGCAUAUCACAUCAACUGUGGACUGCAGAACAGAAAAGCAUGAAAUGCAAGCAAGAAGGCAUGGAAUUAUGUGGAUAUGAAAGCGCAAUUUGAAGCUUCAGGGUAUGAUGAAAAUAUCUGUAUGCACAAGUCUGGAAGCUGAAUGACAGAAGGUAUUUUCUUCCACAUCCAAAACACCUCCAGUAUGUCGGAGAGAGGGGGUAUCCCGCGGACUGGGGGCACACCAUCUCCACAUAUGCAGCCGUACAAGACCGUCACGAUCGUCCCGAACCGUCCAGUUCAAAUGAACCUGUAUGCGACCUGGGAAAUUGAUCGCUCAUCUCCAAGCUGUGUGCCCAGGCUCUUCACAGUUACUCUGAAGAAGCUGGUGAUGCUUCAGGAGCUGGAUAGAGACCUAACCUCUGUUGUCAUCGCAGUCAAACUCCAGGUGGCGCUCUUCACACACACACCGCCGUCCCUUCGACAAAGUGGAUCAAAGCGCAUUUUACGGUCCAAUGAAAUCCUGUUGUCAUCACCUGGACUUACCGAGACCGAUCUUCAGCUAACGUUCUCCUUGCAAUAUCCACAUUUUCUGAAGCGAGAUGCCAACAGACUGCAGAUCAUGCUGCAGAGGAGGAAGAGGUACAAGAACCGCACCAUUCUGGGCUAUAAGACCCUGGCACUGGGCCUUAUCAACAUGGCAGAGGUGAUGCAGCACCCCAGUGAGGGAGCCCGUGUGUUGGGUCUCCACACCACGGUGAAGGACACGGCUGUGCCUGUGGCCGAGAUGAGGGUCUACUCGCUCUCCAGCCAGCCCAUCGACCAUGAGAUGUCCAAGGCCAAGAUGUCUGACCGCUCACCUGACAUUGACAACUACUCGGAGGAAGACGAGGAGAGCUAUUCAUCAGAGCAGGACGGGAGUGAUGACCCUGCUCACAGCCAGUAUCUGUUUGACGAAGAGGAUGACAUGAGGAAGAAGAAGCACAGACACAAACUCACCUCUACAGCCUCCAUCACCAGAGCUCAUCCCAACAUCAAGCAGAAGUUUGUGGCCUUGUUGAAGAGGUUUAAGGUGUCUGAUGAGGUGGACUUUGGCCUGGAGCACGUGUCCCAGGAGCACAUCCGUGAUGUGGAGGAGGACCUGGAUGAGCUCUAUGACAGUCUGGAGAUGUACAACCCCAAUGACAGCGGGCCAGAGAUGGAGGAGACGGACAGCGUCCUCAGCACACCCAAACCCAAACUCAGGCCCUUCUUUGAGGGCAUGUCCCAGUCCAGCUCGCAGACCGAGUUUGGCAGUCUGAACAGCAGGUGCAGUCUGCCCAGAGACACCCUGAGCCCACAAGGAGAGCAGCCCCCGUCAGGCAAGAUGAAACGCUCUCGCUCCCGCAACUUGGACGACUCUGAGACAGACACCCUGGUGCUGACUGAUCCGGAGAUGUUUCUGGACACUACCCCCUGCAUCACUGUCUCUGUCCCAGAGCAGCUCCCCAGGACCCCAAUGAGGGAACUGAGGAGCAGCAAGAGUGAGAGCCACACCAGCAUGCCCUACACCACCAUGCCCUCCCCCAGGUUGGAUGGCGGGCACACACCCAGGCAGAGACGUGGGACACCAAUGAAGGAGAGGCGAGCGCUGUCCAAGCCACUAAGCGAACGCACCAACAGCUCUGACAGUGAAAGGUCACCGGAGCUCAGCCACACCCCACAGGUGCCCAGGAAGGCUGUGUAUGACCAGCUGAAUCAGAUCUUCUCCUCAGACACUACCCUCCCGGACAGCCUGGUCUUGGUCAACACCAGUGAUUGGCAGGGACAGUAUGUGUCCGAGGUGCUGCUGGCUCAAAAACAGCCGUUAGUGUGUACCUGCUGUGGGGUGGAGAUUCAGGCUGUCCUCACCACCCUUCUCACACGCAUCCAAAAGUUCUGUAACUGUAACUCGUCCACGCCGCCGCCGGUCAAGGUGGUGGUGGCAGGGGGACAGAGCUACCUGGGGGCCAUCCUGCACUUCUUUGUCACUCAGCUGGCCAACAAAACAUCUGAUUGGCUCAGCCUAAUCCGCUUCCUGGUGGUCCCCCUGGGCUGUCACCCUGUCGCUAAGCACCUAGCCUCCCUGGACCCUCGCUACAGCUCUGUGUUCCUGGACAAUGCCUGGAGAGACCUGUUCAGUCGCCUGGAGCCCCCUCACUCUACGGCUCCAGCUGCAGACGGUGUGGAUGUGGCUGGGAGGAUCAGCCAGUACAUCAGCAGUGUCUCUGUCACACACCAGUUGCCUAUCGCUGAGGCCAUGCUCACCUGCAAGUACAAGACAUAUGACGAAGACUCUUACCAGAAAUUUGUUCCCUUUGUUGGGGUGGUGAAAGUAGGGUUGAUUGAACCGAAUCCGGCGUAUUCAGGUGGAGACUCUGAGGAGGCUGUUAGUGUUAGCUUGGCUGUUCCCUCCACCUCCCCACCCGCCCAUGGAUCUCCCACAGGGAUGACCAGAGAGGCUGUCACCCCACCUCCGUCUCCCUCCCUGAGUAGCGGUCUGGGGAGCCCUAAUAUGUCCCAUGGGGUGGACACCAUUGGGCUGACGGUGGAUUAUUGGGUAGCGACAUGCUCAGAGCGGAAGAAGGAUGGGGAGCGGUGUGACAAGGGCUCCAAGAACACCCUGAAGAGUGCCUUCCGUUCCCUGCAGGUCAGCAGGCUGCCAGGAGGGGGCUCCACUGAGAACCAGCCCCAGGCAAACACCAUGGCUAUGACUGUGGUCACCAAGGAGAAGAACAAGAAAGUCUCCACCAUAUUCCUGGGGAAGAAGCCCAAAGAGAGGGAUGUGGACUCUAAAAGCCAGGUGGUUGAGGGCAUCACCAGACUCAUCUGUUCUACCAAGCAGCAGCAAACCAGCCUAAAAGUGUCUGUGGACGGCGUGGAGUGGACUGAUGUGAAGUUCUUCCAGCUGGCUGCCCAGUGGCCCACCCAUGUGAAGUACCUGCCAGUGGGGCUGUUUGGCUACAACAAGACUGCCACCUAGAGGCCAACCCAGACAUGGUCCCUCACUCUAUGCUUCCUGGGCACCAAGGUUAUUAUUAUAGUUGUGUUUUUCUAUUCGUUUUUUUAUUUUUGUUUGAAGUUCAGUUUGCUAGUUUUCAGACCAGAUUUACUAGUUUUUGUUUAGUUUGAGUUUUAUAAAAAAUAUUUUCAUUUUUUAUAUUUAUUUUCAGUUUUAGUGUUAGGGACAGAAAGUACCAGAUUUCUUCCUUGGUAGUUAGUGAUAAACAAGCUAGGCCUAUUCGAAACCUCACUAUCUCCAGGCAUUACUGACCUGCCAAGUUCAGAAGCUUGAAAACCCUCAUUUGAUUGUUGUCCAAAGUUUAGAUUUAAAAAAACUCAAACUGAACAUUAUUUGAUGAUUUCUGUCAAAUAGUCAAAUAUCGUUUUAGUUUUUCAAACAUGUUUGUUAAUUAUUUAUUUCACUUUACUAUAAUAACCUUGCUGAGCAGUCUACAAUGGACUUAAAAGCCAAUGAUUAAGGAGAGUUGUUACAUGAUGACAUGGAUUGACAGCGCUAAUGGAUUGAGGCCAUAGAUUUGAAUGCUUGCCAUGUUCCUAUUUUCUAAGGUGGGUUCAAGCAACAAAAUAACUUGUUUGCCUUUUUUGAGAUGCAUUUCCUCGUUCAUAUGCUUUGGCUCUUCUUUCAGUGGAUUGGCAAGGUUAACUCCAGCUGUUCUUGUGGCUGUGUUGUACUUUUUUUUCCCAAGCAGUAUUAUGUGAAGCAAAUUUCAGUGGUCAUUGAUAUUGAUAGAAUUUCCCUCAGUGGUGUUACUCUGUGCAUAAAAAUAAAAAAAAGUUAAGUCAGUUUGGUGAAAGUAAUAUCAAUUGAUUCUUAUUUACAGAAAUGUGUUGUGGACCUGUUUUCGCUUUUAGUAUUUUUCUGUGAGUUACUGUUACUUUUGCAAGUGUGUUUUUGUUUGUGUGCGCACGUGUGUGAGAACCUCCAAAUGCUUGUGAAUGUGUGCAUAGCAUGGGUUGUCAUUGAAAUAAACACUAAAACACUUCA